UGGGAGGCGUUCGUUGAUGUUAGUGCGCAUCACCAGCGCCGAAGGUCGUGCAGUCAAGCAAGUUUGCUCUCAACAUGAGCAACGACGCUGCCCUCCUCGCCGAAAUUGCCCGGCUAUCCGGAGUCAUCGAUCAACGUCGCAACACAAGCGGCCAAGCUGAUUUCGCAAGCGGCUCAAGAGCGUCGUAUAGAGGGCGGGGAGGUGCCGCUCCUUACCGUGGGACAAAUGGACUUCGCGGAGCUUACUAUGCGGCCGGAAGAGGGCGCGGCGGGGGUACUGGUCCUUUGCCUUCCAGACAUCGCACUCUGGUGCUCAACAGGCCCGCCGACAGUACCGUGUCCGAAACAACUCAAAGCAAGAAAGUAAGUCCUGCAGACUUGGAAGAAGGCGAGAUCGACCCUGCUGGCGCGCUUGCUGCACCCGCACAAUGGGUCAAGCGUAAGACAACACACAACAUGUCGCUCGUUCGCGGGGAGACUUUCGAGAAGACGGAACCUGCGCGCUUAGCUUCUAUUGCGGCUGCGCAAGAAGCCAAGGCAGCAGCCAAGGCAGCUCGUCGGCCAGCGCUACGGACGAAGACUGGGGUGAAGAAACGGCAGCCGGCCGUUCGCCGGGGCGACAAGAUGGGCGAGAUCAUCAUCGAUGGUGUUAUUUUCCAAUUCGACGAGACGGGCGAGAAGAUGAUAAAGAAGGGACCCGUUACUCAGGCAGAUUACGUCGACAAAGAACCCGCAGCUGGGCCAAGCAUGAGCACACCUCUCAAUGCUUCCGUGGAUGGGCAGAAAUUCGUUCGCACAAAAAAUGGGAAUCUCAUCAGCGCUGAAAUUCUCGCUCAAAGGAAGGCGAACAGCAAGAAGGCAAAGCUAGCAGCCAUGGGAAGGUCCAUUGGGGACAUGCAGAAGGCGCGCUAUGCAUCUCGCCCCAGCAAGGGAAAGUCUACUGCUUUCGACCGACCCAAGGGUCUUUGCAGCUUUUUCAACAAGACAGGUACAUGCAAACGCGGGCUGUCCUGUCAGUUCAAACAUGAUCCAGAGAAAGUUGCGAUAUGCCCCGGUGCCCUAACUGCGAAAGGCUGCAUGAAGCCACCUGGCACAUGCCUCCUCUCACACAACCCCCUUUCCAAUCGCGUUCCCCACUGCACGCACUACCUAGCGGGGGAUUGCCGCUUUGGAGUGGAUUGCUUCUACGAGCAUUCUGAAAAGGUGAAGCCCAACUCGGCAUUCUGCAGCGACUUUUCCACAUUGGGCUGGUGCGCUCGCGGAAAGGAGUGCGAUCAACGGCACACGUGGGAAUGUCCAGAGUUUGCAGAGAAGGGCUCAUGUUCUCGACCCGGGUGCAAGCUCGCGCAUGUCAUCCGUGCCAGCACUGCGAUGGCAAACGCCGCGCAGCAUAUUGAAGGUACAAUAUCAGGAACAUCGGGAGCGGACGCAGAGGCAGCGGCGGAUGACGAUGCGCUAUUCAUGCGCGACGAUGCAGCUGCGACAGCGGGUGAUUCAGGGAUGGACACAGAUGCAGGCUCGUUUCGCAAGCGCAAGCAUGCAGGUGACGUUGAUGGCGGUAGUGACGGUGGAGAAUCGCAAGUCUUGUCUUUUGUCCCGAAAACAAAGAAAUCCAAGGCUUUCACGCGUCAGCAAGACUUCAUCGGUUUUGGCGAUGAUGGCCUGGACGAUGGUAUGGAUGACGGCGAGGAUAGCGACGAGGAUGAUGAACAUGGAGACGAGGAAGAGGACGGCGAUCAUGCGGAGAGCGUUGCGAGCGAGGACGAGCGAACCGAUUUCGAUUCCGAUGAUGAUGACGGCCAACAAGAGUCUGGUGAAGGCUCAGAAGUGAAUGAAGAAAGCGAGUCUGAAAGCGAAAACGAUGAAGAGCUUGCUGGGCUCACAAGAACAGCUGUAUGUAGCUUAUGACUGGCGUUCUAAAUUAAGAGCCUAUCCUC